CGAUUCUCACAUUAUUAUCGCAGUAUCCAGCUAACACCCAUCGCAGCUAGCAGAAUAAUCAAAGAAACAGAAGAGAUACCCGGGGGAUGGAUUACUAAUCUUUUUGUGAAGUUAACAAGUGACAAGACGCCAGAAGACAGCAGGCAAUAUAUAUUUCCAAGCCUUAAAUCAAUAGAGCCCCCCCCCCACCCCUCCCCUCCCAAGAAUAUGUCGACACAGCCGUCUCGCCACUGUGCCUACUGCCUCGUCCUCAUGCUCCCUGAAAACGUCAAAGUUUGUGGCAAAUGUCGCCGCCGAGCUUAUUGCAGUGUCGAAUGUCAAACAUCCGACUGGUCCGUGAAAGGAGACGGACAACGACACCGAAAAUGGUGUGACCUCAACUGCGGCGAAGAAGAUUUGGACUGGAAGGUCGUCCCCGUGCCAGGAAAGGGGCUUGGCGUCAUUGCUCUACGCCAGAUUCCAGCCCAUUCAAGAAUCAUGGUGGACGGCUGGCGACCCCUCGGAACUAGACUUAUCAACGACUUGGAACCUGCUGAAGGAUCUCUAGAGGACAAGAUUAACGUAAAUAGUUUCCAUAUCGAGGAAUUCACUGCAUCCAUUAUUUGCGCUCGGAUGGCGAGGGUUAAUCAUAACUGCGCAGCUAAUGCCUUUCAUCUCACGGGAACUGAAUCCCGGGUCAAAAUAUUGUUUUCACUAAAGGAUAUUGAAAAAGGAGAGGAAAUUUGCAUCUCUUACUCCUGGUUGGAUGACCCACGUUUCGCCAACGACCCCGUUCCCACGGAUGGCAUUCGACGCGCAUUGGAGCAGGAUUACGGAAUAGUUUGCCCACUGGAUUGCAUCUGCAGAGAUGAGGAAAUCCAAACUCUGGCAAAAGAACGGAAUCAACUUUUCGAGAGGGUGAACGACUGGGCAGAAUCUGACAGUAAGGCUCCUCCCUCCGUUCUCAGCUCGGUGAUAUCCGCAGUCAAGAGGCUGGUGGAAAUUUCUGAAAUUGUUCCAGUUUUGAGCAUGCGAAUUGCGGAUUGUUUACUAAAUGGAUAUUAUGCAGCAAAAAUGAAGCGUGAUAACCGGACCGCUAAACAAUUUUUGAAGCGCUGUAAAACGCUCAUGGAACUCAUGUAUCAUCCGGAAUCAGAGAAGAUUAAGAGACUCGUGGACUUGGUUUGAGAGGUUGAAAUUGGAGAUCAGUGAUUCCAUAAGUUUGUAUCAUAAUUUAACUAUUGAUUUUUUUUCGUGAAUGGCCUUCAUUUAAUGAAGUUUUACUUGUAUUCAAAAUAUUUAUUUUUACUAAUCUUACGUCGUAUCCGCAUUAACAAAUAUUUCAUGCAAAAUCAAAUUUAUUCAGAAAGCAAGGAAUAAAAUAUUUGUUAUUAAGACUUUA